AUGCCCGCACCCUACGAUAAUCAACCCGAAACCCUGCCUAUCCACCUGGACGACGCAUACCUACCCCGUAAUGAGACAAAGGAAAGGUCGCAAUGGGAGCUUGAUGCUCAGAUUGCGGCUCGAAAGGCCAUGGCCAAACGCCACUCCCGUUCCUACACUGCACGAAUGUCACGGACGAAGUCACGGAAGAAGGAUAUAGCCGCAAGACCGGCAAAGCCUACGAUCGACACGAGCUUUGCAAGACACAAGGGCUGCUUGCCACGCCAGGUCUACCCCAAAGAGAACGACGUAAGAACAGGAGGCUCUGUCAAGAGACCUGGAUGGUUUGGCGUAAACAGGUCUGGCACCAAUGGAAAGGGUUUAGGCAUUAUGAAAGGCACACCCCAGCCUGGGACUCAACCUGAGGACUACAUCACGUCUCCACACCAAGAGCCGAAGACUGCGGACUCCUUGAUGACCCCAAUGACAACGGGCUGGAUGGACAUAUCCCCUUCGGAUCGGCCUAUCCCAAUCGGAAUCUCUCUCCCUUCUGACAGUCUGCCUGAUUUGAGCCCCUACCAGACAACGCGGAAACGAUCAGAGAGCGAUGCCACUCUGAUUACUCCAAGCAUCAUCAUCACACCCGCUGCUGCAAUGAAGUCGUCGGCGACGACAAAUAUCACCUCUGAGCAAUCACAAGACUCAAAAGCUCCACCUGCAAAUCGUAGCAGGAACGGAACGCUCGACUCCGCAGGCACCGCUUUUGAAGAUGUCGACCUCGACUGGAAAAGCAAAGAUCGUAUCAUGUCGAGCAGUACCGUGUUCGAAGAAGACGAGAUCCCACUGCGUGGUGCAGGUGCCCACGCUUCAGUCCUCUCGGUUGACACCUCAGUGGUCCCUACUCCACGCCGAUCACAAGGAUGGUGGAAUUAUAUCACAACUCCCUUCGAGUUCUCGAGAACGAACUCUGUGUGGACUCAGGGUGGGAGGAAUGGCCAGAGGACUCCUGACAUUCCCAUACUGCCACAAAGAUUUGGAGGCGUGAACGACCCUCCUGCUUCCCCAUCUACCUAUAUCUGGUCAGCAACGGACAAGAGUCCAUCUUUGAAGAGUCCAUCUUUGAAGAGUCCAUCUUUGAAUGAUUCGCCACUAUUCCCCAUCGCCUUCUCCACCGCCAUCAAGGUGUCAAAUGUGGACGAGAACGAGCUGAGCGAAAGGAGCGGGGAUCAACAAUCCGAGACGAAUCAACCACAACAAGCAGCACAGCAACCUCCCAUCAAUGUGAACAUCGUAUUUCACGACAGGCGGCCUGAUGUUGAGGUUCACACGGUGGACGUCAGCCGGUCGUUUCCCCCACCACCCAGACAGUCCACCCCCGCUUCUGCCUCCUCUUCUUCGCACAAGGAAACGGGAAAUCAAUCGAAUGUCGGCGCAUCUUUCCAUGGAAACUCCCUUGUAUUCCCGCCGCCACCACAUUUUGAGCAUGCACGGGCUCAGUCUGCUUCAAUUCCAAAUAGUAGGACCAGCUCGCCGGUCCCAUCGGAGUUCAAGAAGGAGAAGCCGCAGAAGCAGCAUCGCAAAGUUUUCCACUUGGCAGAUCGGCUCCCGGGUUGGCUCCCCUUUGGUGGCCGUGCAAGAACUAAGAAACAGACGAAGCAAAAGAGCCGUCGGAAAAAGUGGUGCAUAGGCUGUUGUUGCUGCUUCCUCAUACUCGUCCUCCUAGCCAUCCUUAUCCCCGUAUUGGUUGUCGUCACUCGCAGAAACAACAGUAGCAGUAACAACGUUCCGAACGGCACGCAACCUCCUGCCCAGAACGGACAGCAGCCUUCCAUUAAGUGGCUCAACCUGACUGGGUAUCCUCCAAUGCCCACGGGAAUUUCGACUAUAGCGCAACCCGAAGCUGUGGAAGAAGAAACUGGUUGUAUAGCACCGGCCACGGCGUGGAGCUGCGCUGUACCCAAAGAAGGCCAGCAAGCCAUCAAGCCAAACAAACCCGAUCAGCCCAACCUACGCUUUGAGAUCAUCUUCGAGAACGGAACCAUCGCCGAUCCGUCCAAAACACGACCAGCGCGGAGGGCCGCGAAUGCUGUAUCGGCUGGGGCAUUUAUUCGCUCCCUGCUACUACGUCCUCGUGCACCUCCGUCGGCAUCGCCCCCAGCACCUAAUGCAGACCAUUACAAGUUUCUGGGGGAGACUACCGACGGUAAUACUGGUCCCUUCGAAGGCGAAGAGACGCCCUUCUUUCUGUCUUUCCUGGAUCUUCCUGACGCGGUUCCCUCCCGUCUCCUGAAGCGCCAGGCCAGCAACAUCACAUCCGGCAUACCCCCACCGCAACUCAACCCCGACGGCACCGCCGCGCCAGCGAACCUCCUCCCCGAAGCAAAAGGCCAACCCCUUCGACUCUUCAACCGCGGCAAGGACAACGAACACUACGGCUUCUUCCUCUACUACGACCGCUCCAUCUUCCUCAAGGAAACAGUCCGCAACUUCACGCGCGGCGGCAACCCGGCCGACCAGGACGGCGGCAGUCCCAAGGAAGCGGCCACGGUGCGAUGUACCUGGGCUCAGACCCGUUUCCUCGUGCAGAUCUGGACCCGGAGCCAGACGAGCAAGCCGCUCCUGGGGUCGUCCCCUAAUGCGCCCACCAAUUCAGACUUCAAGCGACCCGGCUCGUUUCCCUACCCCGUCACCGUGACGAUAGACCGACACGGCGGAUCCGCGACGGAGAAGAUGCUGUAUUGCUAUAAGAUGGAGGUUGACGGCAAGAUUCGCGAUCUCAACCAAAACAAGCAGUUUCUGAGAGAGGAUCGGGCGUUUGGCGGAAACCUUGUGAGGCCCGGUGGUGGGCCGGUGCAGGAUGUGGGAGGCGUGAUUGAUGGCGGGAGCGGCGGGUGUAGGUGCCAGUGGCAGAAUUGGUUGGCUUGAGAGUGAUCGUGUUUUCUUUUGUUGGAUUUGCAUGGUUUGGUUGGGGAUUUGCUGGUCUUGCCGGACCUUUGCAUCACUUUGUUUUCUUGAGUUUUUGUGGGAUUGCAUUGCUGGUUCAUUCAAGGCAUGGAGGUGCUUGGAUAUGUGAAACCACUACUGGUUGGAUUCAUAGGUUUUCUUGUAGUAUAUAUAUUCAUAUAACGUG